AUUUUACGAGAAUUUUUCUUUAUUAAGUGCAUAUGGAUUAUGGUGCGACUGUUGCACAUGAUCACACGCUCGUAUAAAUAGAAAGAGAUGAGAGGCGCAAGCCCUAGCAGCCCACUCACUCCUCUCGGUAUCUCUCACUCUCAUCUCAACGACUCAACGCCUCUCUCUGAGUCUCUGACUCUCUCAACGUCUCUCUCUCUCACUCUCAGCGUCUCUCUCGCUCAAGUUGGGCCACUCAAAACCCCAUUUUCCUUCAGCUUUGCAUCAUUCAUCAUCUCUUGCAGUACUACCAGUGGAUACAAGGAAGGAAAGGCAGCUGGAAUGGCUUCUUUGCAGCACACAAGUAUCAAUACCACAGUUUUAUGCAAAAAAGGGGCGAUUUCCGUAAUGGGUGUUUCGGCUCUUCUGUCGUCACUAUCGAGGUUCAGAACCAUUGUGGGUUUUGCGAGAGUGCACAAUGGCAAUCAGUAUCCAAACGUUAUCAGACUUGAUUCAGAAUUGCCAUUGAUCUGUGCUCCUCAAAGCCGGUAAGAUGGGAUCUGUACUACUCGUACCAAAGCCUUUGGGUUUUUUGUGUGGGUGUGAUUGCAAUACUCGGUGAAUGAAGCGGUUGCGGGUUGAAACAAGUAUGUUGCGGUUGUUGGGUGCGUUUGGGCACCAAGUCUUUAAUGUUAUUCCUCAAAGAAAUUGAUACUGAAAUUUUUUUUUUUUCAUUUUUCCCGUUGUGGUUUCAUGUCUAAUGCAUAGCUUUCAAUCUUUAUUUUGAUUGCCGGGGAGGAAACAUCAUAUGAAAGAGAUAGAAUAGUUCUACGAGCUCAUUCACUGGCUUGUAAGGAAAGCCAUGUAUUUGGGUUCUUCCAGGAUGGGACCAUGUCAUCCAUGUUAGUUGCAGCCACGAGAAUUAGGAACUUUUCACUUUCAGUACAACUAUUUAAUGGUGCUUAUCUGAAUGACACAUGACAAAAUCAUUUUAGGUGAAAA